UUUUUUUUUCUAAAUCUCUAAAUCCAUGAUAAAAGUUUUUGGUCAAUUAAAAAAUUCAAGUUCAACUUUUUAAAGCAACAUGACUCCUAGUUUAUGACCAUCAUUCCAGUGUGAAAGUUUUUCGGUACGUUUGCGAAUUCAAGAACGAAAUGAAGUAAUGCCCGAGGCUCAAUCGUUGCGAAAUUAGGUUGUAGUUUUAUCAACUCUCGUCUUCAGCCACCUGGUUAUCUCGUUUUCCAACGUGUUUUGUUUUGUUAAUACGUCUGUGACCCAUAAAUUCAUUUUGGAUUCAAAUUUCGCGAUCUCGGUUUGACACUUUGUAAGUUUCUACCUACGAAUUUGCGAACAUGUAAAUCGUGAAUUUCAGUUCUUCGGUGAAUUAUAAUUUCAACGUUAAUUUUUAGCGAUGUUUCCCGUUCACAUAAAGUUUCAUGUCGACGUGUACGGAGUAUGUUCGUGUUAGCGAAGAUGUCGAAAUUUCGCCAAUAUUGGAUGUUCCCUUGAAAGUAUUUCUUAUAAUCGAGUUGCAAUUCUGUCACCAUGGUUGAUCCUAAAUUCAGAAAAGAGAUUAUCACAAUAUUGACGUUAUGCAUAUUGUGGUAUUCGUCCAGCUCCAGUAACAGUGUAAUCGGUAAACUUUUGCUGAAUGAAUUCCCAUUCCCUAUGACGGUUACUAUGGUUCAAUUGCUGUCUAUAACUGUGUAUUCUGGACCAUUUUUCAACGUAUGGGGUGUUCGGAAAUUCGCCGAUAUUAGCUGGCCUUAUUAUAUGAAAAUAAUCGUACCUUUAGCAUUAGGAAAAUUUUUUGUUUCGGUGUUGACCCAUGUUAGCAUAUGGAAAGUACCUGUUUCAUACGCGCAUACUGUGAAAGCAACCAUGCCACUAUUUUCUGUCGUGUUGUCUAGGGUGAUUCUAGGAGAGAAGCAAACUUGUAGAGUGUACGCUUCAUUAUUACCGAUUGUCACCGGAGUACUUAUUGCCACGCUGACUGAAUUAUCCUUCGAUGUGAUGGGUCUAAUCAGUGCUUUGGUUGCCACUUUACAAAUGUCAUUGCAAAAUAUCUUUUCAAAAAAGGUUUUGCAAGAUGUUGGUAUUCACCACCUGAGACUUCUUCAUAUUUUAGGAAGAUUAGCCUUCUUUAUGUUUAUCCCAUUUUGGUUGUACUUCGAUUUACAGAAAAUUCUCUCCGAAACAGUUAUCAUGACAGAUCGACGAUAUUACAUUAUGGCUUUAUUAUUUGCCGACGGUUUAUUAAAUUGGUUACAAAAUAUAUUCGCUUUCACGAUCAUGUCAAUGGUGACUUCUCUUACGUUUGCAGUAGCUAAUGCUACGAAGCGAGUUUUUAUUAUUUUCUUAUCGUUAUUCAUUCUUGGAAACCCAGUUACCCCAGUAAAUGUGUUUGGAAUGAUGUUAGCAGUUGUUGGAGUUUUAGCGUAUAAUAAGGCGAAAUACGACGCGCGCAUGUCAGACAGUAAAAAGACCUUGUUACCAUUUAUUAAAUCAAGAAGAGAAGAUCAAUUACCGUUCGACUAUAAGUAUCAUAAGUUGAAUCAUAAUAAUGGAUAUUUGAUGAAUGGAUACAGUAAAUUGAGCAAAGGAGCCGAUAAUGUGUGAACACUGCCUGUAUUAGUUUUUAAAAUCGUACUUUCAUUCGCCUAUAUAGAAAAGCUCCUUUCAAAUUUCAUUUCGUGUACCUCGCUGUAAAUAUGUAGAAUAUCGAUGCAUUUUUUUUCCUACUUUUGUACCUACCUACGUUACGAGAAAGUCAUCCUGCGAUAAAACAUCACUAUCAUGUAAAUUUCAACAUUUUCUACGAAAUGAAGCGUUUAAGUAAUUAACUCUCUUAGAUUAAGUUAGGUUAAAUUUUUAUUUCAAAUAAAUGUGUACAGUAAGCGGGCAAAUUUUGCGAUCAAGUUUUUCUAAUACGAUUUUUUUUAUGAUGAAAAUGAAUUUAAAUGAAUUUCAAUCUCAAUUUCGUUGUGUUUUCAAUACGAUUGAUAUGAUACAACGAAACGAAAAGAGUAGUUACAUAAGGAAAUCCUGUGAUUUGCAUUUCAUUGAUCAUUGUUUUCUUAUUAUCUUCUUGUUGAACUCGUGCAAUAAUAAUUUUGACCAUGGCUGUGUUAUCAUGAUGUUAAUUGAGAAUAAAUGUCUUGUUUGUA